CGUGAUAGACAAACAGUUCCCCGCUCGCCGUGCAAACAACAUGCACGCUGCAAAAGUUAGAGGCUGCUAACUUAGCGUUUAAUUAAUACAACUUUGUGUGUAACCUUAAUUAACUCGAAUGUACGAGUAUAUGAUGCUGUGGGAGUGCAUGUGUUACUAAACAUGGACAUAUUUAGAGAGGAGACGGAGUUUACUGACAUCCGAGUUCAAAGGGUUGUGGAUUUGUUUGAGAGUCGACCUGGUUUUCAAAGGAUAGUAAGACUUGGCCUUGUUGCGAAUAUGGAAUACGAUGAUGAGCGAGAUGUUACAGAUGAGGAUGAUUAUGGAAUUGAAAAUUGGGCACAUGAUCAUAACAAUUUCCAGGGAUUCCCAAUGCUCUCUGACUGGAUUAGUGAAAGGUUGAACCAUACAAGGUCAUCCAGCUCUGUUUAUCAACCUCCACUGCAUUACUACACUUCAACCUGUGACAUUCCUCGCCCAUCCUCUGUGGAAGUUCAGGCAAGGGAGAGUGACUCUGAAAGAAAAGCCAGAUUAUUAGAAGAAGUGAAAAAAGGCAAAGAAAAAGCUGAGAAGAAGCGACUUAAGAAACAGAAACGGAAAGAAAGAAAACGACUUGAGAAGUUGGAAAAGGAGAAACAGAACCCCAUAAGAAAUGAAGAGGGAAAAAAUGAUGUACAGCAAUCUAAAGCGGGGGAGAGCCAACCAGCUAAUGAUGAAUCCAAAAACAAGACAGUUUCCAGUGUUAAACAGUUGGCUACAGCGAAAGAUACAGACAGCAGUGACAGUAGUGAAGACGAAUCCAGUGAUGAAGAUAGCGACACCAAGAAUGACUUGGGCGAUUCUGAGGAACUGGACAUGACUAGUACUUUUGUGAAUAAAGCUGCUCUUAUAGCCAGGCGUAAAUUGGAGCAGAAGACUAGGCCUGAGAGGAGGGAGAAAAAGAAGAUCCUGGUCAAAGAAGAACUGAAAACUGUCCCUGACAAACCUAAUAAGGACCUGGAGGUUGAAAAGAAGGAUUCUGUCGCCCCUAGCAGCCCCACUAACGUAGAUAACCUAAAAAUAAGUACUGAUCUUGCAGUUAUUGGAAAUAGGUUUGCAAGUGCUGGAGACUUUAAUAUGGCUGUGAAGUAUUUCACGGAUGCAAUUAAGUACAACCCUACAGAGUUUAAGUUGUUUGGAAAUCGCUCCUUCUGUUUUGAAAAGAUGCAAGAAUAUGAGAAGGCGCUGACUGAUGCAGAGUUGUCUCUCAGCAUGUGGCCCGGUUGGGUUAAAGGCCUCUUUAGGAGGGGCAGAGCUUUGGCAGGUCUAAAGAGGUAUGAGGAGGCUGCCGAAGCCUUCAGGGAGGUUCUCAAACUGGACAGUUCAUGUGCAGACGCUGCCCAGGAGCUGAUGCGGGUGCAGAUAACACAACUAAUGGGGUAUGGUUUCACUCGGGAGCAGAGCUCAAAUGCUUUAAUUAUUCACGGGACAGUAAAUAAGGCACUAGAGGUGCUGUCCAAAUUAAACCAUCGACCAGGAGCUAUUCAAAAUGGCACUCUCCAGCCAGCUCAAUUAGCAAAUGUCACUGGAGUGUCUCCAGUCCUUUCAGCCAAUACAAUCCCUGCUCAUCCUCCUCACUCCUAUGAUGCACCAAAAACGGCAUUUAAGAACAAACCUUUAGGUCCAGUCCAGAAUAUGCUGAAUGUCCAGAGUCAACCAAAGCCCAUUCCAAAUCAGGCUAUGAAGAUCAACAAUGAAGACAAUCGCCCACCACAAGAGCUAUUUCCAGUUUGGGUGGGAAACCUGGUUUACCCAGUAACUGAGUCUGUGAUAACCAACAUAUUUAACAAGGCUGGGGUUGUCCAUAGUGUGAAGGUUCUGAUUUACAAACGAUGUGCCUUCGUAAACUUUACAAAACAAGAGGAUUGUGAUGAAGCUAUCAGACGCUUCCAUGGCCUUGAGCUGAACGGCAUGAAGAUUGCUGUGAGGUAUCCAGACAGGAUUCCUCAGGGCAUGGGCAUUUCCAGAUCUGCCCUCAAAGCUGAUGACCUGCAAGAUGACAAUAUGCGGCAAAACGAGUACAUUGAUGGGAGGAAUGCAGUUGGAAGCCGCAGACCAUUUCGUCCUUACAGACACGUCCCAGACUACAGAGGCAACAACAACUACUGAAAGGAAACAAGAUGCUUAUGAACAGGUCUGACGCUCCGGUACAGAUUAAUCACUGGUAUCGACAGAUACAGAAACAAAUGCUUAUUUGGUAGAGUUUUUUUAAAGAAGGGAUUUAAGUAUUAGUAAGUGAAAAUUAUUUGACCUACUGAUGAACUUAUAUUUUUGACCAAAGGUAAAAACUUUGUUUAUAUGAGCUGAUGUUUAUAGGUAAUUACAAAAGCUUCCUGAUGCCAAGAUUAUUAAAACCUGACAAAUACAUUGGAGGUUGAUAUUCGUAUUAUAUUUUAAAUGUCAGUAUACAGGAACAUCUGUUUAUAAUUUACAUAUUUCAUUGAAGGUUUAAUUUUUAAAAAAAAUUAACGAGUGCCAAAAUAAUUAUAGGUUAAAUUAAUGGGAGACUUAAUUCCUAAAUUAUAUUAGCAUUAGGCCCCAGAAUCCAGUAUGACAGGCUUUAAAAACAAGGUUCAUCUAGACACAGAUGCAGGACUCAUCAUUGGUGUACUCAUUGUGAACUUUACAAUGCAGUAUUUGAAACGUAUCUAAAUGCUCUGUAUUCAGUAUUAAACGUAUCUAAAUGAUCUGCAUUCAGUAUAUAUUUUCUGAAUUAUCUUCAUUAUUAACUAAUCUAUUAAUACAAGUUGCACCUUUUAUCCUGUCUGGCCAUAAACAUUUCUUGUAAAUCCUAUAUAAUACAACAGGAAUUAUUUUGUUGCAUACUUAGUUUAUUGCUCAUGGUUAAUUUAGUUAUUCAUCAGUGGUUGAUCGUAGAGUGGCAUCUUAUUUUCAUUAAUUACAAAGUUUGUGUUCUUAAUUCAAGAAUUAAAAAGAUUCUUUCAUACAG